AUGUCGGUGGCUACAAAUCAUACGACAGUCGUUCAUGUCGAUUGCGGCCUCGUCUACUGGCAGGCUCGAGGAGAGAGACGUUUUUCAGCACACGCUUUGCCACGAAAUGAAGUCACCUCGACACGUGCCAGACUUACACUCUCAGUUCAGCAUGCGCCCUGUCUCGCACCUUCACCUUCACCUUCACCUUCGCCUUCGCCCUCAUCUUCACUUGCGUUCUUCACUCUCUUCCUAUCACUCCACUCUCCUCACCGUCGGCUGGGCUCCUUUUCCUGUUCAGCUCCGUUCUCCCACUUUCCGCUCCUUGCAUCUCCCGCUGAUUGCACAGUCUGCCCUGCCCCCAGCCUCCAUUCACAUCCACUUGCAGGUUUGCAAAUGGUGCCAUGCUCCUCUUCCGCUGCCCAUUCAUACCUGCGCAUCACCUUGCCCGGUCGUCUAUACCUACUUUUGUCUGCCUGUCGACAUGAUUGGGGAUUCAACUAA